UAUAUCACUAGCGGAACCGAACAUACCCGAACAGCCGAAGUUACACGAAGUGCCAGUGCUCUCCCCUUACCGCUAAUCUCAGCUUCCCCUCGUAAAAGGCUCCGUCCAUAUAUCCCUAUGUCAAUGUUAUAUACUUACACCAUGUGUUUACGUACCAGAACGAUCGAAUCGACAUACUUACAUCCAAACGUGAGGGCACCUCGCCUCACGAAAUUCAUACGUUACUGAGAAUACUCGUUCAUGCGCAUGUGCGGAAGGUAUAUCUCACCUACGAGUUCCUAUAGCGUUUCAUUUCGAUUUCGUCUCGAGUGAGGAGCACGAUAUCAUCGUAAUAGAUUCAUUUAUACCGUUCAUUUAUACUGUUGUUUUGAAUUUUCUUCGCAAUAACCAUGAUAUCAGAUCUUCCCGUCGAACUGAUAACCAUCAUUCUACGUAAUGACGGUAUCAGUAUACAAGAUUCCGUAAAUUUUUCGUCCACGUGCAAGCAUUUUCAUGAGAUGCUCAAAGAGAACAACACAUUGUGGCGACGGAUAUUUUAUCAGAGAUGGCCACGUUUAAAAAUAGUCUACGAAAAAGAGAUACGUAAAGGGUAUGUAGAUUUUAGAGAAUUAAUAAAAGAACGUGUGCAAUGUGGGAAAACAUUACGGCCUUUCCUAUCACAGAUGAGCAGAAAAUAUUACUAUCAGAAUUGCACGUGUCAGUAUCGCUUAGAGACAUUUAUUGAUGGACCUUUGAAACGGUGUCGUUGUUACAAUAAUGUGAACUGGGAAGAUUUUUAUUCAUUGAUUAAUCCAAAUGAUCUAACACAUCCUUUAAAUUGUACUUUGCUUAUGGAUGAGUUAACAAGUAUACUUGAACAGCCACUGAGUGCAUAUAGAGAUUUAACAAAUAUUUAUUAUGGUGAACAGCUUCUUCCACACUUCAAGCAUUAUCACCUAACAAACGUGUGGCAGGAAUUUAGAAACCGCCCUGCUGAACAGCAGGUAUUGGAAGAAGUCCUGGCCAUUGUCGCACAAUGGUUUCAACCAGAGAGGAAUAUCUGUUACUCUCACAUACAAACGGAGUUAGAUAAUAUCGCAGAAGAGGCCUUGAUACAUCUCAGAAAGCAAAACCCUUUGCAUCCAAUAUUCGCAGAAUCUCAUGAACAGUUUUCUCUUUGGAAGCAUGAAAAUAUCGAGGAAAAUCAGUGGAACGAUAGCAAUGGGAGAGAAAUUCUGAAUAUCCUUUACAAGAUAUUCGUAACUGAAUUAAAUAUUCAUGGAAUUGCAUCUCCCAAAUACAGACUUUCCUCUCAAGUAUACCUUCUUCUAAUUUAUAUUUUUGGAGAAAAAAUGAGUAAUCACGUUAUAUCUCUGACGAUUGUAUUCCAAGGUGUCGCAAGAAGACUUGGUAUACGCUGCGAUCUGGUACCUUGUAAGACAUAUUUUGCACAUUAUUUGGGUCUGGACGAGCCAGAUCAUUGUUAUUUAAGCUGGAAACCAAAGUGCAAUGUAACAAACCCUGACGAAAAAGAGCGUUUUUAUAUCGACAUCUCAGAUAAUGACAUUCUCAGUACAAAUGACUAUCCUACGAUAACUCCACCCAGUAACACUAAACGAUGUCUCUCAACAGAGUUUGAAACAUUUUACAGUUCUAUAAAUCUGAUAUUGGAAUUGGCUAUGUCCACUGCAGUACAGACAAGAUUUAAUUCUUCUUUAAUUGGGCGAUGUAAAAGUAGACAUUAUGUGGAGCUUGACGAUCUGUUAACACCAUACAAUAUACAUGACUUGGGUGUGCAAUCAAGUGACUGUGAUAAGAAGAAUAUAAAGGAAUAUGUAGGCAUACCACGCGAACCAAAAAUGAGGGAGGUGGGAAUGAAAUUCGCAGUAGGAAUGAUCGUAACAAUUCAUCCAGAACAUGAGGCAGGUGUGAUAAUUGCAUGGAAAAAGGACCGCACGUCUAACAGGGAAUCUAAGCAUCUACCUAGAUUAUACACGCUCCUUUGUAAAAAUGAGAGAAUGUGUUGCGUUUACGAAGACUGUUUAAGCAAGAUAAAUUUGCCGGAAUCUGUAAAUAAUAGCAAGAUCGGCAAAUAUUUUUCUGAAUUUAGAAGCACAUAUUAUAUGCCAAACGAGAUGCUGGCAAAUGAAUAUCCACAUGAUACAUUAUAUUUAUAUUUUUAGAUUAUAAUUAUGUAACAAAUUGUAGAUUAUAAUUAUGUAACAAAUUUUU